AUGCCUUUGAAAAUACUGCCUCUUUUCCUUAUUAUUCUAUGUGUGCCUAUCAGUGAGACUGCUAAAAUAAACACUCCACGAGUCUUGCUGCCAUGGUUUGAAAAUCAUUUUGUUAAUUUCACCUUCGAAAUAAUCGAAGGCGGUUGUUAUUCUUGGAGUUUAUCGCGCGAUGAUAUCAUCGACUUGGAGCCCUUGUAUGAUGAUGCUUGGGGUCACUGUUCUCGUAGCGCUCGUGUAUCCGUAUCUAGAACAUGUGUGCCUCCAGGUUCAGUGAUUAUACUAGCAGAAGAAGUUAACACCGGCGAAAUACUUCGAGGGGAUGUCGAUAUUGACAAAAUUACUUCCUUAAAAGUUAUGAGUACCACUUGGAAACUUUAUUUAGAGGAAGCUCCUGAAGCUUUUGAAGUUGUUGCAUAUGAUGACUCAGGUAACAAAUUUUCAACUCUGGAAGGAAUCAGCUUUACAUGGACUGUACAAAAUGUUGGAAGUACCUAUGGAGAUGAGCCUUUAGUAAUGCUUGUUCGUUGGAAAGACACAGACUAUGAAGCACCAAGGGGUAUAGCAGAACUUGAAGCAAAAAGUUUCAGAGGCCAUUCAGUUUUACUCUAUGGACAGGCCAUGGGUGAAGCUCGUGUUACAGUCUGUCUUGGUAAAAUUUGUACAGACUUCAAUUUGCAAGUCGUAGCCAGUGUUGUACUUACUCCAGCAACAGCAUUUGUUGUGCCUGGCGAUGCCCUUAAGUACAGGGUUGUCCGAGCCAGAGCUGGCCGCUUAACAAUUCAAAAUGUGGAAGAUACUUUAUACACAAUGUCAAUACCUGAUAGUUCAGUUGCUAACAUAGAAGACGCAAUUAGCCUUGUCAGAGCUACACAACUGGGUACAACACCAAUAUUCCUAAUGUCUGGCUCAACUGAAGUCACAACAGCCCUUUUAACUGUUGUCGAACCUCAUUCAAUAAGAGUCAGUAUUAGACCGGCCAAUUUAAUUAUUCAAGGAGAGGAAUUUACUAUACACUGCAUAGUUUAUGAUGCUGAUGGCCAUGCUUUGAUAGCUGGUCAGGAUAUUUUGAUCAGAUUAUCAGUUGAAGGAGAAGCAAAUGUUGAUCUGCUCAGAUCUACAGAAAAUGGUACUAUUACUGAUGCAAUUACACACAAUUCUGGCAAAUUUACUGUAACUGCUAAGUUGUAUUCCAUUGCUGGCAGAGGACUGAAUCAGGAGGUCAAAGGGGAAGCAUCAGCAAUAGCAGUAACUCCUCUUGAAAUUCUACCUCCGGAAUUAUUUGUUGCAUGGACUGACUCCAUACAAGAUAUACAACUUAGACAUCUGGGUGGUGGCGACGAGGCUGUUACUUGGUCAGAGGGGGAGAACGUCCACAGUGCUUUGUCCUUGUCUAACAACGGAGUAUUGACAGUGCAUGGAGUAGGACAGCUUGAUGUUAGCGUUCAUUUGACCCAAUACCCGUACAUACGCGCUAUUGGCAGAGUAUGGUCGGCGGUACCAGAAUUAGUCCAAGUGUCGAGUUCAGGUCAUGCUCGAGUUGGAAAACCACACUAUCUCCAUGUCGCCCUUACAGCUACUCACCCCUCAACUGGGGAACUGUAUAAUUUCAACAGAUGUGAUUGCAGUACUUUUGCGGUAUCUUUACUCGAAGGACCGGAACCAUUCAAUGUUACAGCAGUGCCGUGGAUGCAGCCAGUGGAGGGCGCUUGCUGCGUGAUAGAGUGCUGGUGGAAGUCUCGCGGUGUGUCAAGCGUGCGCGUUUCACGUGGACGAGCAGGGGAUACAGCUCGUAUAGCAGUUAGGGCUGCGCCCAAUCUGGUGUGGCCACCUCGCGCUGCAGCCCUAAUUUCUGCUACUCUUCCUGUUCUAGCUGAGGGCGAGGCUUUAUCGCCUGGGUCUUUGGACUCAAGAAUUGCGUCGAUAGAGCCACGUAGCGGUGCAUCACCACAUAAACACCCCGAUGUCCAGUUAUUUACUAUGAAAUGUCACCGGAAAGGAGAAACGCGCCUUGAAGUGAGUUCAGAAGUGGAAGGAGAAAAAGAAGUGAGCGAUCUAUCGGUUUGGUGCGCUUCGCAUGUCACUAAAAUACGGCUCGAGCCCGAAGAAACACCUGGAAAUUGUUCCUCAACUACCAGAGUAUGGUUGCGUCCAGGUCAAGAAGUGUCCGUUAAAGUGACAUUAUUGGACGCGAUAGGCAGAGAACUGCUAGAUGAGAAUGGACCCAGGGUGUCGUGGGAAACUCAACCCAAUCACAUUGGAAUAGAGUAUGAAGCUGCUGAUAGGCUGUUUGUGGAAACGGAUCCAGAGUAUGAACCUGUGCAAGUACCUGUGAAGUUCUAUCAGCUGGUGAAAGCGGAGGAAAACGCCAUUGGAUGGUCGGGUGUCUUGAAGGCGAGCAUACCUGACGCGACUGCCACUAUUCAGGCGAAAGUUGUGGCGCCAUUAAAAUGUGAACCUACUAAGAUAAAUAUUGCAUGGGAGAGCGAAACUGUGCCGAAUAUAGCGACUAUCAGCGGCGGGAGCGGACGAUACGCAGUGGAGGCAUCAAAGGGCGUGUCUGCUUCCAUAGACAGCGGGAUCCUCAAUGCAGUCCUGCCCGCUCCGGGUUCCUACGACUUAACCGUUGUAGAUCAAUGUGUACGAGGGGAGAGGCAAACUAUUGAGGUGAACAUUGAGGAAGUGUUGAGCGUGGAAGUGUCAACGGCUAGAGCGAUGUGCGUGGGCGCAUGUGUGCCCAUAACCGCACUGGUCAGAGGGGUCUCGCACAGAUAUCUGUCGACCAGCAAGGAACCUGAGUGGAGGACGAGUGGAAACAUUGUUCUGAAGGAUGGCAACCUCUGCGGUGUUAAGGAAGGGUCUGGCAAAGUUAGGGCUAUGUUGGCCGGGGUUUGGAGUCCGGAGCUUGAGGUGACUGUAUUUCCCAGUUUACGCAUAGUGCCAGAACGAUCAAGAUUGCCUCCCGGAGCUAGACUACAGUUGAGGCAUACGGGAGGUCCUCCAAGUCAUUUGGCUACUUUGACAUACAAAUUACUCCAAGGAGAUUCUUUUGUAGAGGUAUCGCAAUCAGGCGCCGUCCACGGUGUUGCUUUGGGCUCUGCCAAAAUUAUGCUGAUAGCUUCAGAUAUUACGAAUGUUGAACUGGCCAGCGCCGAAGCAGAAGUUGAGGUUAUUCCCAUAACAAAUCUUCGAGUGCGUGCUUCAACACAAACGCUUCUAGUCGGUAAACCGGGCCGUGUAUGGAUAGAAGCUGCAGGCUUAGGAACUGCGGCGUUGUGGGCGUUAGGACCUCCCCCGAAGGCUGUCUGGACUGUCCGUGAUCCAAAAUCUGCGACAUUGUACACUACUCAUACAAUAGAUAUGCUAGAAAGAUCGUCGGCAGAAGGUUUAUCAAUUCGGGUGGUGCCUCUGAAGACUGGAGUCAUCACUAUCGAUGUUAGAGUUCGUAACAUGGGGCAGAUAUCAGACACACGUUCUUGGGACAGUACAAUCGAAAUCCUCGGAAUAACAGAUAUAAAAAUGUCAGUGGAGGGUCUAUCUCGAGAAAUGGUGACCGGAGACAGAUUAUCCUUAGCCGUCGGAGCCACCGUGAAGUUGAACUCGUCUCCGAGAACCAACUGGGUGGCGUAUGAAGAUGGAGCGUUCGACUUGAGACCAAACGGUGAAUUGAUAGCGUUAAAAUCUGGCCACGGCGUGGCUGUAGCGAGGCAUAAUGAUGAACGAAACAGUAUUUAUAGGGAAAGUAUUGUACAUGUAGAAGUAUCUGUGCCGCACUACUGCACAGCAGAGCCCUCUGGUGAAGACGAUUCCGGCGUCCACGUUGUAUUGCGUAACAAUAUAGGUCGAGAACUGCUCGCCCCACAAGCCAACACGAGUAUUAUACCGCCGCACAAUGCUUACGUCAGACGGUCUACAAGCGCUUUAGGAACAGAGCUGUUAAUAACCGGGAUAGAAGGUAACGGAGCUUUCAUGAGUUUCCAAAGUUCCUUAGGAGGUUACACUGUCAUCGAUGAAGUAUGGGUCGCUGCAUCAGACAGUGGUGCCAGCAGGAUUAUAGGUGUUGGAAGUUGGGCGGUGUGUCUCGAAGGCGUGGGUUGGCGAGUACCCACUGGAGUUCAAGUGUACGCGGGUAGCGGAGUCUCACUCGCGGUACUCACGACGGACGUAGCCGCGAAGCACGUGCUGCGACUGGACAGGCCCACAGCGGCCUAUACGCUGCAUCAAGUGCCUAUACAGAAGAUGGAGUUCUCGCCUGGCGAAUGGCCGUCGACCUUCAUACCUCUUAGUAUAGAUGCAGAGCUCGGUACAGGACCAUUGCUCUGUACAGAGGAACAGAAGUAUGCGCUCGCUGGCGUUGAUGUGCAGUUGCCUUAUAUAUGCCGGACUAAGCCGCCGCAUACUGGCCAACCAGUAUUGGAUAUCGCUAAUGGUCAGCUGGGUUGCUCAAUCAUCCCAGCGAUAAAACUGACACAAGCGAUCGAGGUGGACCUGUGUGCGGAAUGGGGCCAAUUCCGGACUUGCACUAAGGUCAUUCUACUUCCGUCAAUCCGAGUCUCCACGUCUAAAGUCUCUCUACUCAACCCUCCAGCUGUCUUCAUUAUUUCGGGACACGCAAGAGCAUUGAAACAAAUAAAAAUGACCACUUCACCGGGACUGAUACUAGAACCGGUUGUAACUGAUAAUGAAAUAACAGUGACAGUUAAAAGUGAAAGUGUCACUUGUGGAAUUGGGUGGGUCAGCAUUAUUUCCAGACUGACGUCACAGGAAGUGAGGGUGGAGGUCGAGAGAGAAUGUGACAUUGCAUGCGGGACUCUCUUGGGAGCACUAUUUUCCCUCCUUCGGCCUUACAUCCCCACCAUUUUGACAUUCUGCGCGAUUGGGGUCGGCUAUUUGUAUGUACAAUCGAAGCUGCAGAAGAAGGCGCCUAUCCGUCUCCCAACUGAGCCGCCCCAAACCGUAUUGCCGGAAUCGCCGAAUCUCCGAACGCGGACCUGGUCGAGAAAUCCUUACGCGUCCAAUGGCCCAGCUGCCCCAGUGUAUGGGGACGCUAGUGUGUUACCCGAUACCAGUUUUUCACCGACGAGACAUUCAUUCUUGUGA